AUGAGUUACAAAUCUCCACGAACACCUGGAUCGACACCGAUCCACGACUACGACAGCGUCUACUCGAGGAUGUCGUCCGCAACUCCCACCCCUUCGCCGAGGCCAACCUGGGCCGACUCGACCCCAAGGCGACCAGCGACCCGCGUGGCCCACUCGCGAUUCAACAGUUACUCCCAGGCUAGUGACUUCAGCCCUCGUCCCCCUAAGGACUCGCCACGCUACAACAGCGUCGGACAAUAUAGCACGGCAGAUGUGAGUCACAAAACUUCUUCGUCGCGCAGGCUUUCAGAGUCAUCUCCGCGUUCCAAGCGCGACCGCCGGUUCUCAUUUACCUAUGUCCGGGCUUCCACCCCAUAUGGAGAAUCCGACGAGGACGAGAUCAUUGAGGCGUUGGGACAUACAUACGUGCUCCCCGCACAGUCCCGCUCCAAGAACCACCAUCACCGCAAUUCCGCUUUCCUACCUCGAGACUUUGAUGAUGACCGAGGACGGUACACUAAUUACGACGACUACCUGCAGGGUGCUUCUAACGCCGCUACAUACGAUGAUUACUACACACGAGAGCAGGCUGCCAUGUUCCAGUCACCUCAAGCCCGACCUCCUACCAGCUUCGGCCACAGCCGACGCUCUUCUACUGCGGUCCCUCCCCCCAGGCCUCAGACCGUCCGUCCAGCGAGCUCUCACCGCAGCAAGCCAGCUUCUACUCCUUCUACCCCCAAGGCCACUGAGGCCGAUGCUCGCAAGCAUCGCAUCCCUACCGGAUACUCACUCAAGAACUGGGACCCUAGUGAAGAACCUAUUCUCCUCCUCGGUAGUGUCUUCGAUGCCAACAGUCUUGGAAAGUGGAUAUAUGACUGGACCGUCUACCACCAGGGUCCUGCCACUCCCAUCUCUGACAUGGCUGGUGAGAUGUGGCUUCUCCUUAUUCAGCUUGCGGGUAAGGUGAAGCGUGCCGAGGAAACCGUCGGUCGUGUUCGCACCGAUGACAACCGUGACCUUGUUGAGGAGUUCAUCGAGGCCGGUGAACGCCUCACUGAGAAGCUCCGAUCUCUUCUCAAGGCUUGUGAAGCCCCCAUGCUUAAGGCUGCCAAGCGCAAGCAAGCUGGCCUCGGCAAGAAUGCCGGCGUCGAAUUCGUCGAGACUCUUUUCGGACGUGACCGAGAGCUUGACAAGACUGAGAAGUUCAUGCAGAACGUGAGGCUUUUCAACCUUCGCUUUGACGCCAACUGUGAAGAGAUUCUCCGAAACCCUACCAAAUAA